UCAAUGCCUCCAGGCUCGUCGGGGUACCGCGACGGCGCUAACAAGCCCGAGUCCUCCCGUCCUUGCCGCCACACCGCGCCGCUGUGGAUCUGCGCCAGGUGCCCGUCUUCCAACCCCGGCAAUGUCGACGCCUGCGCCGCAUGCCAGACCGCGCGCCCCGUGGAGAUAGACGCGGACUCACCAGGGAUACCCCCGCCCCGGCGGUCCGAGAGGAUGAAGAGGGAGCGCGCGGCGUCACCGGACGUCGUGGAGGUGUGCGCCGACGAUGGCGAUGCCGCCCACGGAGGGGAUAAUAGGGCUGCUGCUGCCAAUAGAGAUAAGAAGACCUUUAAAAUCAUGACAUACAAUGUCUGGUUCCGAGAGGAUAUAGAACUACGCAGAAGGAUGGAUGCUCUUGGAGGUCUUAUUCAGUCCAGAAUUCGAGCUUGCACCAUCUUGUUUUCUCUGUCUCAAUGUGCCUCAUAUGUAGAACUGCAGGAGGUUACACCAUACAUAUAUCAACUUCUGCAAAGUUCUAACUGGUGGCAAGAUUACAAAUGCUCGUUGUCUUCUGAGGAGUCAAUGCGGAGACAUUAUUACUGCAUGCAGCUGAGUAGAUUCCCUGUGAAAUUUAAUGGCGGUAUCCCAUUCUCUAACUCAACAAUGGCAAGGGAGCUAUGCAAAGUAGAUGUUGACACUGGACAGCAUAUCAACCUGAUGUUGGCCACAAGCCACCUAGAGAGCCCCUGCCCUGCACCUCCGGGGUGGGAUCAGAUGUACAGAAGGGAGAGAGUAUUGCAGGCAAAAGAAGCUCUGAAAAUGCUGGGAGCCUACAGCAACGUGAUCUUCUGCGGUGACAUGAACUGGGACGACAAGGGGGAUGGGCCAUUCCCUCUCCCGGACGGCUGGAUUGAUGCAUGGGUUGAGCUCAAGCCUGGUGAAAAUGGCUGGACCUACGACACAGAAGCCAAUGCCAUGCUGUCUGGCAACCGUAACCAGCAGAAGCGGUUGGACCGGUUCGUGUGCAAGUUGGUUGAUUUUAAGAUCAAUGACAUCGAGAUGAUUGGGCAGGAUAUGAUACCAGGUGCCUCGUAUCACAAGGAUAAGAUUGUAGGCAAAGAGUUUCGUAAGAUGGAUCUACCUGUCUUACCCAGUGACCACUUUGGACUUGUCUUGACUGUCAGUCAUCGGAAUUAAUUCCUGAUUGCAUCAUACAAUUGAGUGGAUGUUAUGUUUCUCCAGGUUCAGUUUACAGUCUGUUUGGAAUUCUAGAAAUUUAUCUAGAACAGUUUAAUUCCAACUGGAUUCAUGGGAUAUUCUCGCUUAUCCAAGCU